AUGCGGGCAGCGAAAGCGCAGCAAACCCGAGCCAGUGCAGGACGGGCAGGCAGACCGAUAAGCGGGCGCCACAACAGCGCCAAAGCUGUGGUGCGAAGCCCUGGAGAGCAACAGGACGAGCGGCGGUGGGGAAAAGAUUUCCUGAUCUCUGCAUUCCAAAAAAAAAAAACCCACUGCCAUCAGCAGCCAACAGCCAGCAGGAACCCGCCAUGGCCCUCGGGAAUUCUCGCGCGCGGUCGUCGCAGCUCUCGCCUCCCCACGCCUCGCUCCUCCUCCGCCCUCUCGGCCGAGGAACAUCGCCGUUCAUCUAUCGGCCUUCGGCGAUCUCAUCCGUUGUCUCAUCCCAGCGUCAGGAAGCGGCCGUGCAAGGUCCUCAUUCUUCGCCCUAAGGCCACUGAGCAGCAAGAUCAGGUUGAGGAAGGUGGAGUAGUUGACAGCAAAAUCUUGCCAUAUUGUAGUAUUGACAAGAAAGCAGAGAAGAGGACAAUAGGAGAAAUGGAACAAGAAUUUCUGCAAGCACUACAGUCGUUCUAUUACGAUGGCCAGGCAAUCAUGUCAAAUGAAGAGUUUGACAACCUUAAGGAAGAACUAAUGUGGGAAGGAAGCAGCGUGGUCAUGCUAAGUUCUGAUGAACAAAAAUUUUUGGAAGCUUCAAUGGCUUUUGCUUCUGGAAAACCAAUACUGACGGAUGAAGAAUUUGACAAAUUGAAGUUGAGACUAAAGCAAGAAGGAAGUAGCAUUGUGCAAGGAGGCCCACGCUGCAGUCUCCGUAGUAGAAAGGUGUACAGUGACUUAACUGUGGACUACUUCAAGAUGUUACUAUUGAAUGUCCCUGCAGCUGUUAUAGCUUUGACCUUAUUUUUCUUCCUAGAUGAUAUUACUGGUUUCGAGAUCACAUAUCUUCUGGAGCUGCCAGAGCCUUUCAGUUUCAUCUUCACUUGGUUUGCUGCUUUACCUCUCAUAUUUUGGUUAUCCCAAGCAUUCACUAACGUAAUUAUCAAAGACUUCUUAAUCUUAAAGGGUGCUUGCCCAAACUGCGGCACAGAAAAUGUCUCCUUCUUUGGGACUAUACUAUCAAUACCAAGUGGAGGUGAUCGAAAUUCUGUGAAGUGCUCAAAUUGUGGCACUGAAUUAUUAUACGACUCAGGAGCACGCUUAAUUACCCUUCCGGAACCAAGUGAAACAUGAGAACAAGACACACCGACGUUUAAGCUUUGCAGCCGAGCUCUAAUAGUACACGAUGGGCAGUAUAUGAUCUCCAUUUACCAGCACCUAUGAAUAUAAAGGAAUUUGGCGUGCAUCUUCAGACUUAUGUCCACAAGGGAAGCUUCUGUUCGUAAGGCUUGCAUAUGUACAUAUAUCUUCUUUGGGCGAGUUUUAGUUCAUUUAUGUUGCUUGAGUCACACAAGAUGGUUGAUGAUCAGCCAUCUAAAGUCACUGUAUAAAUUUCCCCGUCUUGUAAAACAUAUUGUAAACCGUUAAUGAGAAAACAAUUUCUGUAUGAUUCUGCUCUGAUUCA